GAUAUUUAAUUAUGUCUGCAUUUGACUGCACAGUGGACACGUCCGUUAACAUUACUCCGAACACUGGCCACCUCAGAGUGGAUCCAGUUUUUUAAGGAUGCAGGGAUCCCAGCCGGCCUCGCAGUGACUUACGCAGUCUCCUUUGUGGACAACAGAAUUAACAAGAACAUGUUGAUGGACCUCAGUAAAGACAUCAUGAUGGACCUUGGGAUCACAGUCAUUGGGGACAUUAUUGCCAUUCUUAAACAUGCCAAGCAAGUCUACAGACAGGACAUGUGCAAAAUGGCCACAGAAGCCAUCUCCUCAGGACAGACCAGUGUUAAAGCUGAGCUCAGAAGAACUGCCAAUACUCCUGCCACUCGUAUGAUUGCCAACGCUUUGAGCAAUGACUCCCCACCAGCCACUCCAGCCCGUCGACCUGACAACCGGCUCUCUGUCACAGUGUCUAAUAUGCAGGGGAACAAGAGCAGCAAAGCAGUUGUAAGUCAGCCAGCUGACGAGGGGAGCGGUUUGCAAGCAGUGAAGCGCCGACGUGUGACAGCUGAGAUGGAAGGCAAGUACAUCAUCAACAUGCCCAAAGGCACCACGCCUCGUACACGCCGCAUCCUGUCCCAGCAGGCCAAGAAAGGUUCGAAACGCACCUCUGUGUUUGCAAGACUCGGGGCUGAAUCAAAGGCAGACACAACAACGAGCACUAACAAGCCCACCGGAGUAUUCAGUCGACUGGAUAGAGGGGGGGAAGAGGACCAAAGGCCAAAGCCUGGCAAAAUGGCUGGGAACAUGGCGGUGGAAGACGAGGACGACAGCGACGGGGAAGGCUCUGUCCUCCAGUACGCUGGGGUUCUUAAGAGAGCCCCUCCCUCCCAGAGGAAAGAGCCAGCUACAAAACCUGCCCCAACUACCCUACGGCGCCUUGGAGGCAAAUUCAAACUACCUCCCUCUGACACUCCCACCUCUCCCUCCUCAUCAUCUUCUUCCCCUAAUGGUCUCCCCCCUGCCAAGAUCAGUGUGCUUCAGAGACUGGGCAAGCUCCCUGUCUCGCACCCGAGCACGGCCGUAUCAGCAACACCUGCUGACACACAGGACAACAGGGUGACAAGCACCCGGCCGAAGGCUCAGGAGAGACUGACCAUAGCAAGCCCCAAGGUAAGCAGCAGCACUGGGGCAGCUGUGGCAGCAGGGGGAGAGUCUGUGGGAGCCCAGAUGGACGUCAGGGCUAUCAGUGUUUUUAAAAGACUAGGCAACAAGAAAACCUAACACUCCCUGCCCCCAUCCUAAAGUUAUUCAGAAUCUUUCUAUCCACCUUUAUAGAAUUUGUAUAUCCACAUUUUUCCAUCUGUCCUGGUAACAUACCAGACUUAAGAUUUGAGAGUUUGGCCUGUAUAUAAGACAAAUUCAAAGCUGCUUAGUGGAAGACGAACGUAAAUGUGUUUUUAAUUCAUUUUGUCCAUGCUGCCAUUGAAAAUCCUUUUUUUUUUAAGUGUCUAAUCUUUUUAUUUGAGGACUUAAAGUUCUCUGUAUAUCACGGUAUGUUGCUCAACCCAAAAGCUAUUUAUCGUGCUUGUUAGUCAUGUUUGCCAUAUGUCAUUUAAAAAUAUAUAUAUUUAGCUGUUCACGUGAGCUUAAGGCAUGAGCAUGACAUCAGCAUAGCUGUCAUAAUGUUUUUUUUUUACUUUUAGCUUUUAUGUCCACAUAUAAGGAUGGUGCUGCUGCACAAACUACCUUUUUGAGGGUCCUCCUGAAUGAAAACACUUGAGUAGAAAAGAAAAAUGUUCCUUCAAGAAGAAAUAUUUGGUCGUUUUUGAUAUUUGUAAGAAAGUUGCUAAGAAUUUUAAAAUAAGUUAGAACUUAACUUAAGGGAAUUGCUGUGAAACUGUUGUUUUACAUAGUAAGACAAGAAUGGAAAAACAUUUUUUAAAAAGUUUUUCUCAACACCUCAGGCGAUUAAUUUUUAUUUAUUCAAGUAAAAAUAAACAAAAGAAAAGCAGACACAAGAGGAGCCAUGGGUUAGUGGUUAAAUGCUUCUAUUUCUUAUUACCUUCACCACCUCAUAAUUACCUCCUUUAUCAUGAUUUAAAAGUAGGAAAUGUUUAAGCUUUUUUAAUUUGAAUCUUUAAGAAAUAUAAAAUAGUCGCACAGAACAACCUCUUUGAACACGAGUAUCGAUACGAAACACAGCACCUCUUCUUCUGCGCUUUGUGGAGUAGGAGUUCACACCUUUGACCUACAGAUGAGCAUGUCAGAUUUUCUACCACAGUACUGAACAUUUUCUAUAAGCACCUACUAGAAGGCUGGAUCACGAGAAUAUGGUUUAUUUUGAAAUGCAAUGUAUAGAUUUGUUAGACUUGAUUUGGAACAGCACAGAACAUGUUUCAUAUUUUUCUAUGUGGACGUUCUUGUAUCAUGUAUACAUGUAAUGAAACUCAGAUGCCAUCAGGCCUGGUGUUAGGGGUCUCAGUAGGUAGUUCACCUUUUACCCUAAAUGGGUCGUUCACAACCGUGUACUGUUUUAGUCUUUCAGACUUCACACUAGAACUUUGUUACACUGUAAAUAAUUGAGCGUUUCAAAUCAUGGUAGGGAUUGUUUAUUGUUUUAAAGAACCAAGUAUUAAGAGACAAACCAUGAACUGUUGGGAUUUUUUUUUUAAAUAUAUUAAGAAAAAAAAGUGUGCUUGGAAAAUAAUUAAAAGAGAAGAAGGGUUCAAACAUA